AACUAGAAUUUUUUUGGAGAUGGUUUUUAUAAUUCUUCUUCAUCCUUACAAGCUUUUUAUUCUUAUCCGAAUUCGCCAUUCAUUCUUUCCUUGAUUUGAUUGACUUAAUCACAAAAUCAACAUAAUCAGAUACAUUAUAUUCUGUAGAAUUCUAUGUUCAUUCAUAACAAAAAAAGAACUCGACAAAAAAUUUCUAAAAAAAAAUGUUGCGCGGCAUAGUUCGGAGUAAUUUCAAAUCAAAAUGCAAAUCAUUGUUAAGUGGAAUACAAAGUAGAUUAGAAGUGGUAAAGAAGAGACGCAAUGCAAUGCAAGGGUUUCUGAAGAACGAUAUAGCUCAGUUUUUGAAGAACAACCUGGAACGUCAUUCUUAUGGCAGGAUAUCCAAACAUAUUCCCACAUAGUCAAAUUCGGGCCAAUAGUUUUACGCCAUCAGGGGAGUGCCAUAAUCAUGAUAUCUGUUAUUUAGCAAAUCUUUUAUUUACUAGUAUGAUAUAAAUCUCAAAUAAAAUAAUUUAAAAAAAUUUACUUAAAAAUAAUUAAAAUCUAGAUUACUAAAAUUGCAUCUAUAUAGGGAUAUGAUUUUCUUGUACAAACUCAAUGGCAAUAUGCUUUCAUAUCAAAAAAACGGCUCUUAUCCACUUAAAAAGUUAUCUGCAAUGUUACAGAAAAUUGGAGUGAGCUACUUUGCAUUCAUUUGGAUUCGUCUUGAAAUCGCAAGGUUGGCAUCAAUGGUAGAAGCGCUUUAUAUGGAAUUAAUCCUGUCUUCAUGCUAUGAGUUUCUAGAGCAAUGUUGCACUUGCAUCUCGGAAAAUCUCAAAGAAAUGAAUAAGCAAAGUGACUGCCCUUUGCAAUGCCGAGUUGCAGUGGCAUCAUUGGUAUACGCUGCAACUAGAUUUGCUGAUCUACCUGAGCUGCGCGAUCUUAAGAAUGAAUUUCAUGACAAAUAUGGGAAAACAGUGGAACCAUUUGUCAAUAAAGAGUUCAAGAACAAUUUGAAGUCGAGACCUCCUACAACAGAAAUGAAGCUCCGGCUGAUGCAAGUAAUAGCACAAGAGUUUUCUAUGAAAUGGGAUCCGCAAGACUUGGAGGAACAAUUGCAACAUGCUAGCCCCCCUACUCAAGAAACUAAAUACGGUGCUAGUGGUGAUGGGUGCAGUCAUUUGCUCAGAAACAGGUCUACCUUAGUUCAAAGAAAAGGAAAAUGGGUAGAACAAGACAAACAGAUUAUUAAAGGACAAAGUCGUAUAGCUAGAACAAGAAGGCGCAAGUCAUGUUCUGGGUUCAACGAAAAUAUUGCGGAGGAUUUACAGGUUCCAAUUAGCAGCGUGCAUGAAGUGAUCCCUGUAACUUAUAUUAGAACCUACAAGAACCACAUUGAAAGUGAUAAUAGCAUGAAUGAAGAUAAUAAUUGUAUAGGUAAAGCUAAACCAAGUUCGAGACCAAGAUCAGUCAGGACAAAUUUCUUAAAGCCGUCAGCUAGCACUUGCGCAACCAGAAGUUCCGAAUAUGAGAUUAAUCCUAUGAAACUUUCCAGUGCUCGAGUCUCACUAGCAAGACGGAUGCAUGAUCUUUUAAAUGAUCACGAGGAUAAGGAAGAAAAGAUGUAUGAUAUGCUGACACAAUUUGGUAAACAAACAGCUGCAGAAGUUUCUGUUAGUACAAGGAAACAUGAAAAUGAAAUGCCAAAAGUGUUGCAGUUGCCUCCACCCCCGAGUAGAAGACGAUAUCUGUUUACUGAAUCUCAAUCAGCAUCUCUUAUUGGCACAAAAUCUGACAGUUUCAGAUAGUACGAGUUGAUUUCUUCUGCCUGCUCAGCAAUGGGUUGUGUCGUUUGAAACUCCAAUUAGGCAUGUUAGCUCAAUUAGCAGAAAUUUGUCCAUCCUGAAAAAUGUGUUAGAAAAACCAGAAAGUACUGUAAGAAAGAUAGUUUUUGCCUUUCCUUUUAAAAGAACCUAUAAUCUUGUAACCUCAUAAUUGAUGCUCAUCUUAACGUGCAAAUGCCCAGCAUAUUCACAUCACUAAUAAUUAAUAAAUAACAUUUUAAAGCAUCAAACCAAUUCUAUUCAAUUAAACUAUUAAAUAAGACAAUACAACUAGAUGGAAACGGUUGAGGAGGAGAGGUGGAUCGUAAUUGGUAGCCAUCAUUGAUGUAACUUUGAUAUCAUGUGGUUUCUAGCAUUUCUAAUUAUAUUAAAAUGCU